AUGGAAUCCUCAGAAGGUGCAUUUCAGAAGAAGAGGGAUGAGAAGUCUUAUGGAGUUGCCAUAGUUCUAGUUAUAGAGGUCAUUUUGGAGGAGAAAGAACUGCAACAAAGGUACUGCAAUGUGGGUUCUUCUGGCCCACUAUCUUCAAGGAUGCUAAGGAACUGGACAACAAGAGAGCUAAAAAGGAUUUUGGAGAAAACUGUGGGGACAACAAGAAAGGACUGGGUUAGGAAGCUAGAUGAUGCACUUUGGGCAUACAGGACAGCCUUCAAGACACCCAUAGGAAAAUCUCCAUUUCAGCUGGUGUAUGGAAAGGCAUGCCACCUCCCUGUAGAGCUUGAACAUAAGGCCUUUUGGGCCACCAAACUUCUGAAUUUAGAUGCUCAAGCAGCAGGGGAGAAGAGGUUGCUACAACUCAAUGAAUUGGAGGAGUUUAGAUUGGAGGCAUAUGAAAAUGCCAGAAUAUACAAAGAGAGAGCAAAGAGAUGGCAUGAUAAGAGGAUCUCUCAAAGAACAUUCGAACCGGGCCAAAGGGUGUUGUUAUUCAAUUCAAGAUUGAAGAUUUUUCCUGGGAAGCUGAGGUCUAGAUGGACUGGCCCAUACACCAUCAUCAAAGUAUCACCUCAUGGCUAUGUCGAAUUACUUGAUGAAGCCUCAAAACAAACCUUCACAGCUAAUGGACAUAGGGUGAAGCAUUAUUUUGGUGGCGAAUCAAUUCACAAAUUUUAA